UGCGUUUUAUUGUACUGUAUGCUGACUGACUACCUGUCUUUUACAGUUGGCCUGGUGUAUAGUGCUGAAUAUCUCAAUGAGCUGGCAGCAAUGAACUGGAGGUCCUUCUCUAACUUCCAGUACUUUGAUUCGAAGGGCAUGUUCAUAUCUUUGGUCUACUCUAUUCCUAUUCUGCUGAAUACAAUCGUCAUCGUGAUGGUGUGGGUGUACAGGACCUUUUCCACUAUGACUGAGCUGAAGACCCUCCAGCUCAAGCGACAGGCCCGCAGAGAGAAGAGAGAGAAGAACGACUGAUCCCCUGAUCCCCUUUCUUCUGUCCAAACAUGGACUUCAUUGCAAGGAAUUAGGGAUACUUUUCUCUGCCAUGCUAAUCCGGAACUUUGGAACAGAAAGGCAGAUACUUUCUUGUGUCCAUAAAAAGGAUUCUUCAUUGGUAACGGUUUCUGGACUGGGUGUCUUUUUCUGGUAACGGCUGUUGAAAGAUGCCGCUGAAUGUACUUUACACUAUGAGAUAUGAGGACCAAUAGACAUUUACUGUUUUAUAUUUAAUGUUGUUUUAAAGUGUGUUGAACUGCACAAAGAGAGAUAAAGGAUUUUUUAACAACU